AUGCUCCGCCCUGUCCCUCGUGUCUGCAUGAGGCGUCCGCUCAUCUCCCCGCACUCGACUCUGCUCUUGCUUGCGCUCACACUCUUCGUUGCCACAUCCUUACCGGCAGUAACAGCUUUUCCAGUGGCAGGGGACGAAGUCGGUGACAACGAUGAGGUGACACGUCGACUCAGUGGAGGCGGAGGCAAGGACAAGAACAAGACCGUGCCGUUUAACUCUUGGAGCAACGCGGUCGAUACGGUGCAGUACGUCCUGGCCUUCAUUGUCGUGCUCGUGGCAGCCCACCCUCUUGGACUGUACUUCCCUAGGCUGUUCAGGCUGCCGCUCAUUACGGGCUACCUCUUCACCGGGAUCAUCGCGGGCCCAUUCAUCGCUAACCUGAUCACACAAGAGAUGGUGUCGUUGCUCGCGAGCUACGUGAGUGCUCUCGCACUGUCGUUCAUUUCAUUUCAGGCCGGUCAGGAAAUCUACUGGCCGGAGCUGCAACCCCAAGCCAAGUCCAUCGUGUCUCUGCUCACUAUCUCGUACAUCACUGCCAUGAUCAUCGUCACGUCGACCAUGUUGCUUGCUGAAAACUGGUUCUUCUACGACGAGCUGGGCGAGUUGUGCCAAUUGGGCAUAGCACUCAUGUUCGCGUCCAUCUCGGUCUUGGUAUCACCAGGAACGGUCAUGGCCAUCAAGAUCGAGCUUGACAGUGUCGGUCCCCUCACGAGUCUAAUGCUCGGGGCGACCAUGACAGCUGAGUUUAUCGUGCUCAUCUCGUUCUCCAUCGCCCGCAUUAUCUGCUCCACUUACUGUGCGAAGCUCGACGUGUCAUUUCUGAACCUCGUGUUUACAAUGGGUAUCGUGGGGUCCAACAUCUUGGUCGGGUUCCUCCUAGGUGGCGUGAUUAUCCUGAUUUUUAAACUUCCUGGAGGCGGGGCGCAUCAUGGUGGCCAUGGCGAUCACGAGGAAGACGCGCCGUACCUCGAUCAGAAAACCGGCAACAAAAGAGGUCAUUCAAACUUAGACAUGGAGUCGCAAUCGGGCAGUCAGGUGGGCAAUUGUACAAUGGACGAACUACACUACGCGCCUCCGUCUUCUUUCAUGUCCCCGCGGCUUUGGUUAGGAUUGAAGGCCUUCAUUUGGCUGAGCAUGGGAUACAUGUUCUACGUCUCAACCAACGUCCUCGCAGAAGCCACUGCAGCAGCAUUUGGGCUAUCGUGGGAAAUCAAGUUCGAAGCGCUACUUGUGCUCAUGAUUGGGUCGUGUGUCGCCGGACACUACGAGCCUAUCCGUCACGAUAUGCACGUGAUCCUCGACACGACCGCACCAUACAUGCUGUUGCCAUUCUUUGUCAUGACGGGGGCAGCGUUGCAGCUGGAUCAGGCGUUGAAAGCCGUCCCACUGAUGGCUAUGUACGUCAUGCUGCGCUAUAUCUCAAUCUUCAUUGCUUGCUACUUAGGUGGCCGCUACAUCCUCAAGCUCUCGCCGAUGCAGUACAACAAUUUGUGGCUUACUCUGACCCCACAGGCUGGCGUAGCUUUGGGUUUGGCUAACGAGGUGAAAGCUAUGAGUGAUGAACCGUGGGCAAUGGAGUUUGCUUCGACGAUUGUGGCUGCUGUCGUGGUGAACCAGAUCAUCGGUCCCCCAUUGUGUUCAAUGGGUUUACGUCGAUCGGGGGAGACGUUGAAAGACCGCAUGCUGCAAGUUGAAGCGCUCAAAGGGGAUACGGAGCACACGGAAAAGAGUAUCCAAGGUGGUCGCCUCAGCAAAAUUAAUGUAAAUGGUGGAUUUGGCAACAGUAUCCAUGGUGGUGGCACUCGCAAUAGUGUCUAUAGUGGCAGCUUCAGCAAUAGCGUUCACGGUGGCGGGUUCGCCAGAGGCAGCUUGUAUGAAAUGGGUCGAGGUACCAUGUCGGGUACGACCAGGUGCAACGGGGAUCCUCAUCUGCUCCUGCCCUUCACCAAAGUGCAAAACGCGGUCGUCAUUGGCGACGACGAAGUGGCUUUCGAGAUCGCUCUCGAGCUCUCGCUCUACGGUGCGCGGGUCAACGUGCCUCUCUUGGACCAAGAACGUACUGAAAAGUGGCAAAAGAUGAACGAGGCUAUCCUGCACCGCGCUGCAAAGGGAGAUCUCAUCUCGUACAAGAACACACUCAAGGACCGGGAGAAUGCGCAAGCUAUGUCAGCGGCAGACGUGAUCAUCUUCACGGGUGACUCUAACCGCACGCGCGAGAAUGUGCAGAUGUUGAAGUCGUUGCUAGGCGCAGCACACCCGCGCAUGAUUGCAUUUGUGCCGGAUUGCAAGUUCAGCAAGGAGAUGAAGGGGCAGGGAGUUUUGGUGAUCCAGCCAUCUAUUGCGAUGGCGAACAUUGCAACACGAAUGGCACUACUCGACGCAAAGUUGGCGGAGGCGCUGUCGAACGAGAUCAGUACAACAAGCGAUUUCAGUACGGCCUCGUACUUCUUAGGUGGCCACAGCGGAGAUUUGACAGAUUUGCGUCUGGAAGGCCGUCGCAUGGCGCUUGGCCGAAAUGUGGUGAACCACCACUCGGUGGACUACGAUCGUCUUGCUGAGGCGCUUGCAAGCGAGAACUUACCGAUGCCACCCCCGCCACCCCGUGUGGCGGUUUAUGGUACUUCGUCCGCUGCCGGCUUCGACCCGUUCCAUCGCGACAGAUCGAGCUUUUUCGUGAUGCACGACGACCACGACGACCACGACGAGAUAACACUAGGCGCACAGAAUGGAUCUCACACGGCACGAGAGCAAUCACGACGGAAUCUCUAA